UCACCAUGGCCGGCUUCCUGGACCUCAGCACCAAGGCCAAGAUGCCCAUUGUGGGCCUGGGCACCUGGCGGUCUGCCCCAGGCAAAGUCAAAGAGGCUGUGAAGGUGGCCAUUGAUGCAGGAUACCGCCAUAUCGACUGUGCCUAUCUCUACGAGAACCAGAACGAGGUGGGGGAAGCCAUCCAAGAGAAGAUCCAAGAGAAGGCUGUGAAGAGGGAGGACCUCUUCAUUGUUAGCAAGUUAUGGCCCACCUUCUUCGAGAGACCUCUAGUGAAGCAAGCCUGUCAGAAGACCCUCAAGGAUCUGAAACUGGACUAUCUGGACAUCUAUCUUAUUCACUGGCCACAGGGAUUACAGCCUGGGGAGGACUUUUAUCCCCAAGAUUACAAAGGCAAGAUCUUUGGCAGUAAAACAACAUUCUUGGAUGUCUGGGAGGACAUGGAGGAGCUGGUGGACGAGGGGCUGGUGAAAGCCAUUGGGAUCUCCAACUUCAACCACUUCCAGAUUGAAAGGCUCUUGAACAAACCUGGACUGAAAUACAAACCAGUAACUAACCAGGUUGAGGUUCACCCAUACCUCACACAGGAGAAAUUGAUCCAGUACUGCCAUUCCAAAGGCAUCACUGUCACGGCUUAUGGCGCUCUGGGCUCUCCAGAUAGACCUUGGGCCAAGCCAGAAGACCCUUCCCUACUGGAGGAUCCCAAGAUUAAGGAGAUUGCUGCAAAGCACAAAAAAACUACAGCACAGGUUCUGAUCCGGUUCCAUAUCCAGAGGAACGUGGCUGUGAUCCCCAAGUCCAUGACACCAGCACGCAUCGUGGAGAACUUUGAGGUCUUUGACUUUAAACUGAGUGAUAAGGAGAUGGCGACCAUACUCAGCUUCAACAGAAACUGGAGGUUCUUCCGCAUGGAAGAGUUGGCUCAUUUGGAAGAAUAUCCCUUCAAUGCAGAAUACUGAAGAUCAAUCUCCUGAUAAGAUGACUCUGCAGAUUCUCUCUCUUCGCUUUACUGAAGUGUAACUCUCUCCACUAGAGCCCUAUUUUAGCCUAGCUUGUCUGAAAUCAUAUUGAGUCUGGCCCUCCCAUAGGUCAGGUUCUAGGCAGUGUUGUAUCUAGAUCAGUAUAUUCAACCAGAAAUCACAGGGUGACACGACCUAGAGAAGCAAAUUACAGUUUUUUUCACUUAUAUGAUCUGA